AUGGCGGGGGCCCGGGAGGAAGCAGGCGACAGCAGGCUGGUGGCAGGCCGGGAGCCACCACCACGCAUCAUCACAGUAACAGCAAAGACACCACAAGAGUGCCAGGAGUUCACCCUGGCAGAAAACUGCAGUGUUAGGGAGUUCAAAGAGCAGAUCUCAAAGCGUCUUAACUGUGAUGUGAACCGUCUGGUGCUCAUCUUCACAGGGAAGAUCCUGCGAGACCAGGACACACUGAACCAGAGGGGAGUCCUCGAUGGCACCACCGUCUAUCUAGUGGUGCGGAACCGCUUCCCUGGAUUCACCCGCUCAUGCCAUACAACUACCACACCUGCCACCUCAAAUCAACCUCUCCCAGGUAGCAACAGCCCUGGGGCUUCACCCAGGACAGGGGCUUCUGGUCUUCUGGCCAGGCUGGGCCGCAUAGCCCGGUGCUCACCGGACCUGGCAGACUUCCUUGGCCAUCUAGCUCAGCUGCUCAUGGCAGUCCCUGAAGCUGUGGUGCAAUUCCUGGAUGAUCCCUCCAUACAAGGUCUGCUGGGUGAAACUCCAUCCAGCACCAAUCCCUCUUCUGGCUCUGGACCCGGCCGGCUGAUGGCUCAGCCACAGACUGCUCCACCAGCCCAAGCCAAUGAGACAGUGCCUGAGGCCCUGAGGAGCCCUGCUCUUCUGAGGGAAUUGUUGAUGCUAAGGGCAGAUGAGAGAGGCUUGGGGGCUUUAAAGGCUGUUCCUGGGGGUGAUAAUGCCCUGCGACAGGUCUAUGCUGAUAUCCAACAGCUAAUGCUCACAGUCCCGGCCUCACCACCCCGUUCCAAGGGCCCAACUUCCUUGUCUGGUCCUUCUAGCUCUUCUCCCUCAGCAGGGCCUCUUAGGCUGGGAAAUGUGGGCCGGGUUCUGGGAGCCUCAACACAGGAUACCUCACCCUAUAGCUCUAGCAUGCCCAACCUGUGUAUGGGUUUGGGACCUGGCUCACAGGAUGUGUCCCCAACUAUAAGCAAAGGUUCCCUGCCAGGCCCAUCCAUACCCUCUGCCUCCGCCCUGCGGAAUGCCCUGCAUGUACUGCAUCAGAACCCAACACUGUUGCACCAGCUCACUGCUGGUAGCCCUCUGAGGCCCCGCCUGCCCCUGCUACCUAUCCUCACUAAUCCACGGGCUUUACAGGCUUGGCUACAGAUUGAACAGGGCCUGCAGACACUCUCCAUGGAGAUUCCAGGGCUGGGACCCUGCCUCCGGGGUUCUGGAAGGCCCCGUGGGGGUCAUGGAGGAGGUGUGGCUGGUGGGUCAAACUCUCGAGUAUCCAACCAGCAACCCACACUAGCUGUGCUGCAGCUACUCCAGGCCUUGGCCCAUGCAAGCCCUAAUACCCUUCAGACCCCACCACCACCACCACUGCCACCACCCCCGACCGAGGGCCGCUUCCAGCAGGAGCUGGAACAGCUGAAGGCAAUGGGCUUCUCCAACCAUGAUGCCAAUCUGCAAGCUCUAAUUGCCACUGGUGGAGACAUCUACGCUGCUAUUGAGAGACUACUGGGGCCCCCCCAGGCCUAG